AUGAGGAGGUUAAAGAAGCAGUGGUCCCAAGGCCUAUUAUUCCACCAGGGAGCAGUUGACUGCGCCAGAGCUGCCUUGUUGCUACCAUUAGGAAUCUCGAUAUUACACUGUCAGCCUGUACAGAAAUGCUCUCUGGUGGAGACGGCUUUCCUGCUUCUGGUGACCGUCGCCACCGUCAACAUGCUCACCACGGUGCUGAACGACUCCCCCGUAUUCCCCGACGACGACUCCGACGUCGCCAUGACCGACGCGCCGCUGCUCAUGGAUUCGCCUCAGUGUGUGCUCUUCGGCACGUUCAUGAUAUGGUUCGCAUCGAUAACGAUCAAUUUGGGACCCACGUUUUUGUCUGGUGCCCUUGCAGCGCAGGGGGAAGCGGGCCACAAAGCUCCUUCUUGCCCCCUCAUCCACGGGCCACUGAGGCACUACAUCCUGAACGCGCUCUGGAUAGCUGUGAAUUUAGUGUGCGUUUUCCUGACGCUGUUCCACUUACGGAAACUUCACAGGGACCUCACCAAAGCCAACGUGGAAGCCGUUCGGGUGGCUGGGCUAGUGACGACCCUUGUGAACGUCACCGGAGGAAGUCCGGGGCAGAUGAACGCCAAUGGCGCGCAGGCUUCCGGGGCCCUUGAAGAGCACCGAAGGAUGAGGGAAUACCUCAGGAGGAUGGAACGCGACGGAGUUCAGCGAGUUAAGAUGUUUCUUGUGAUCACGGCGGCUUACGUCCUUUUUUGGGGACCACUAUUUUUUGUCACUCUCGUCAACCACCCCAUCGUAGGCAACCCCUUGGGACACGAGAUAACCCUACACAUAUCAUACGUGCACGCCAUCGUCAACCCCACGCUGUUCCUCGUCCUCCACAGGGGCCUGCGGCGGGCCAUGCUGGACCUCUGCUGUGGCUGGAUCCCCGUAUGGCUGGGGUCGCCCAACGUGCCGCCGCCCCCGGACCCCCCCAGAUCGGACAUAUCUCUGCUGAAACCACCCCUGCCCAUACCCGCCCAUCCCGAUAGCUCUAUGGGAGACCCCGAUUUGAGUCCUUGGACCCCGGAACCCCUCAACGGCGGCAUCCCCAUCCCGCACUACUCCAGCCCGGAGCCCGGAUCGCCCCCGGAUAGCGACUAG